AAGCUCCUCGGUGGAAGAGCUGAUGGCGCGACAGAGAAGGCUGACGGUCACUGACAGUCACUGGGUUCACAGACCUCUGUCAGUCCGGCGGCAUGUCCACUGAAGCGGGCUCGUUAUCGUGCGAAGGCAUGUAUUCCAAACUCAUCGAUGACAGCGGUGUCCAGGGUGAGGAAGCGUGCAAUGCCCGACCCCCAGUUUUUGUAUCCCCAUCAACAGCAGGCAAGAGACUGGCUCAUCAUGGACCCUACAGAGUGGCUACAGCAUGUCUUUCUGCUUUCUGUCUCAUCUUACUCCUGGUGUUGGUGGCAAUAAGUGUUCACAAUAAGAGCAGUGCUGCUGUGGGCAUGGGUCAAAACUCCCAGAAUUCCUCCUCGUCACCUUCUAUACAGAUGCAGAAAGCUUGCCCAAACGUGACCUCCCUGAUUGCAGAGCAGAACAGACUUGAGAAAAAGAAUAUGGAACUGGUGGAAGAAAUCGACCAGCUGAAGGCCAAGAUUGAAAAGCUGGAGGCCACACCAACCCCACCGCCAGUGCAGUGCACUGAAGACUGGCUCUACUUCAACGGCAGCUGCUACUUCAUCUCCGUGUUUGGCCGAAGUUGGAGGGACAGCCAGAAGUACUGCAAGGAAAAAGGAGGUCAUCUUGCCAUCAUCCAUACUGCUGAGGAACAGACCUUCUUAUGGAACCUGUUGCCACGAGGUCACUGGAAUUCUUACUGGUUUGGAAUCAGUGAUGAAAAACUGGAGGGAGACUGGUACUGGGUGGAUGGAACCAAGCUGGUUGGAGGUUUCUGGGAGGAUGGAGAACCUAAUAACCACAUCAAUGAAGACUGUGGCUACAUAGUGAAGACAGAAGUGUUAAGCCGUGUGGCUACCAAGAGCUGGUACGAUGCACCAUGCUACAUGUCCUUACCCUGGAUAUGUGAGAAGAAGGCCGAGUCGACUUCAUCGUAACCGUUGUCAGCUUCUGAGAUUUUUCGACAUUCAGGGUGUGUUGUUGUUCUCAGUGUUGUUGUUUAUGUUGAUGUUUGCUUUUUAAAGCAAAGUACCAAAAAUACUAAUGUUUUAUGUGCUGAAUUUUAUACGCCUCAAACCUUUGACACAAAAGCCAAAAAACCUGGCCCAGCCAAACUAACCAUCCACUGCUCUGAGGUAACAUAUAUAAGCAUAUUAUAACUCUGGUAUCUUUGUUGGUGCCAACAGAGUGACUUCACCCUCAUUGCUCCAAUGAUCAGACGGCUAUGUUAACUGUUAUACAGGCAAUAGUCAUCUAUAUACAUAAUAUAGACACUAUUGUUUACAUGUGGUCUAAUACAGGUUCAUUCAGACUUUAUUUCGAAGUCCUUUGUUUAAGCUUUAUUUGUGUUCCGUUAUGUUGAUUAUAUCAUGCAAAAAAGUCUUGUAAAAUGUUAACUAUCUCAGGCUCUCAUAAAGAUUAAGUUGGUCUCUAAGAGCAUUUAAUUUUGAAUUGUAUUCAGCGAGAUAUUUUAUACUUAGUAACGGAGAGUCGACUGCAUGCCUGGAUUCCCUUAAGCCUAUGGUGCUAAUACCAGUUUCUAUCAGCAGAGGACAGUGUUGGGACUAUUGAUGAUUUUAGCAAUGUUGCGCUGAUGUGCUGUGUCAUGAUUUUACAUAAGAAACCAAUGCUGUUGAAUUUUCCAAUAUUAGUUCCUUUUUUUUGCUCACUUUAUAGUUUUGAUCAUAUUCAUAUUAAAUGAUGUGGCAACUGUUGUAGAGGCCCACGUUGCCUUAAAAUGAACUGUUUAACUGUAUUAGUCGGUAUAAAUUGAAUAACAAUAAUGGGAAUUGUCAUCUCUACUACUAAUAAAAGAUAUAGAGCGUAACCAAA